CAAGCCGCCAGUGAGCAGCCUUCAGCCCGGGGACGACUUGUUCGGUUUGGACCGCGGAUUAUCUGCUCAUCGUUACACAACUCGUGCUGCCGGUGGAAGCGGAGCUGAGAGAUGCCGCUUCUCCACAGAAAAGCCUUCAUCCGACAGAAACCUCCGGCGGACCUGCGGCCGGACGAGGAGGUCUUCCUCUGUAAAAUCACCCACGAAAUCUUCAGGACCUACGAUGACUUUUUCGAGCGCACCAUCCUUUGUAACAGCUUGGUGUGGAGCUGCGCUCUGACGGGCCGAGCGGGACUGACCUACCUGGAGGCGGUGGAGAGCGAGCGGCGGGCCAAGCAGAGCCUGCAGAGCUUCUCUCCGUCUCUGGUGGUUCCCCUGCUCCACCUGGCCACCCUGAGCCGACGCUGCAGGCUGACGGAGCUCUGCGAGGACGUCCACGCCUUCGUCAAAGACCGGUUCUUCCCCGGAGAGACCGUUGAUGUGACGGGACGCAGUGGAGCCAGACAUGUGUGUGAGAUCCUGCAGGUACACUCUCCUCAUUCCAGCGCUAACGGAGCUCCGGCUGCUAACGGCCACACCAAACCAGCUGAUGGUGACGCCAUCGUCAUCAGUGACAGCGACGACGAGAGCAAAGCCUUUCAGAGUCCCGCAGCACAGAUCAAUGGGAAGAAGAAGAAGCCUCUGAGUCCAACGGUCUUUAAAUACACCGUGAGGAUGAUGAAGGACGAACACAGUGAGCCCUUCACUGUCAAAGCCAAUCAGAUCAGUCGUAGGAAGGCCACCGUUUCCAGGGAGAGACUGAAGCUGCUCUUUAAGCAGCACUGUGAACCUCAGAAUGGGACCAUUGCACUCAAGCCCUCCACAGUGAUGAAGUACCGGCUGUCUGAACAAACCUUCUCUCAGUUCUUCCCUGAUGAGCCGCCCCUGUUCCCCUUCAGCCCCCCCUCUAAAGGUGGAGGGCGUGGCUCACCUGGGCAGGCGGGUUUGUCGCUGCUGAAGACAGCGGAGAAAUUAAAGCUGCUGCAGCAGAAGGAGGAGAUGGCAGCCGCAGCUCAGGACAAAGCUCGGCUGACGAAGAAGGAGGAGGCGCAGGAGGCCAAGAGGAGGGAGAGGGAGGACAGGGAGAGGCUGAAAGAGGAGCAGAGGAGGAGGUUUGAGGAGGAGAAACAGAGGAGGAGGGAGGAGAAGGAGCGCAGGAAGCUAGAGAAGGAGAGGGAACGAGAGAAGCUGAAGGAGGAGAAGAAGAAAUACGCCGAACGACUGAAACUGUGGAACAAACCCAGAGAAGACAUGGAGUGUGAGGACCUGAAGGAGCUGCCCAGCCCAAUUCCAGUGAGGACUCGUCUUCCAGCUGAGCUCUUUGGAGAAGCUCUGAUGGUUCUGGAGUUCCUGCGGGCCUUCGGCGAGGUCUUUGACCUGAAGGACGAGUUCCCCGAUGGAGUUUCUCUGGAGGUUCUAGAAGAGGCUUUGGUGGGUUCUGAUCCUGAAGGUCCUCUGUGUGAGCUGCUGUUCUUUUUCCUGUCGGCCAUCUUCCAGGCUCUGGACCAGGAGCAGGAGGAGGUGGCUAAAGACCAGGCAGAAGACCUGACGGAGGCUCUGGACGACGAGUCUGAUGCCACUCAGUCGGCGCUCAGUGCCGUCGCCUCAUUGGCUGCCGCCUGGCCUCAGCUGCAUCAGGGCUGCAGUCUGAAGCAGUUGGACUUGGACAGCUGCACGCUGUCGGAAAUCCUGCGCCUGCACAUCCUGGCGUCCGGUGCCGACUGUUACCACGGCAACGCCAAGUUUCGCUACCAGAAACAGGGCGGCUUCACGCUGAUGGACGAUCCGUGUGUCGAGCUGCGAUUGGCCGAGCCGGCGCUGCUGAAGAGACUCUCGAGCAUGGCGGUGUACGACCUGACACCAGGCGAGAAGCUCAGGAUCCUGCAGGCUCUGGUGGGGAAGCUGCUGACGUUGGCAUCCAGCAGAGAUCUGAUUGAAGACUGUGUGGAGGAGCAGAGAGCCGGCAGGCAGGAACUGAGAGAGAUCAGAGCUGAACAACACCGCCGCGAGAGAGAGGAGGCUGCACACAGGGUUCGUCUUCGUAAAGAGGAGAAGCUCAGGGAGCAGGAGCAGAGGCUGAAGGAGAAGGAGGAGAAACUGAAGGAGCAGGAGGAGAGACUGAAGGAGCAGGAGGAGAAGCAAGGACUUGUUGCAAACAGUGAGACCCCUGGAGAACAAAACAGUGAGGAAGACGAGGAGCACAACUCUUCAUCCAACAAGAAGAAGAUGAAAGCUAAACUCAACCAGAAAGAAAAACAACCGAUGACCUCUGACCCCAAACCCCCAUCCUGCCCCCCCACCAGCCUGACUGCAGAGGAGCUGGAGAAUGAGCAGGAGAAGGUUCGAGAGCUGCAGGAGCGGAUUCAGAAGGCGGCGGCCUGCACCUGCCUGCUUCCUCUGGGCAGAGACCGUCUGUACCGCCGCUACUGGCUCCUCCCCUCAGCCUCCACGCUGUUUGUAGAGGACGAUUGCUUCGGCCUGACCGAGGACAUGCUGCACCCGCGCCCAAAACCGGCAUCGGACGCCACAACCAAGAUGGAGGACGAGGAGGUCGCCAAGGAGGAGCCUGCAGAGGGGAGCGCCGGCUCAAGCCCUGCUCCCCUCUAUACCUGUGGGCCACCAGUCAAACGUCCCAACCAAUGGUCCUUCUACAGCUCAGUGGAGGAGGUGGAUCAGCUGAUUGAGGCUCUAAAUCCUCGAGGUCACAGAGAGAGCAGCCUGAAGGAGGCGCUGCUGCAGGAGAGAGAGAGACUGCAACACCUUCUGCAGAACUGUGACAGGAACAAAUACAGCCACACAGAUAAUCCAGAGUCGUCCAGAUCUGUCCCAGAAUGCACCGCUGCAGCUGAGACUCUGAUGGAGGUGAGACUGAGAGACCUGCUGCUGGACAUCGAGGACCGGAUUCACCAGGGAACCCUGGGAACGCUGAAGGUGAUGGACAGACAGGUGUGGCGCUCAGCGCUGGAAACGGGAAACUACGAGCUGCUGUGUUCUGACGGCAGAGAGAACGGAGGGAUGACCGGACGAGUGGAAAACAUGGAGGUGGACUCAGCGGUCCAUUUGAGACCCAGAGACAGGCUGCAGGAGCUGAAGUCGGACAGCGUGGCCUCGUGCAGCAGCAGUGGGACUCCUCAGGUGGUCAGCAGCUCGGUACGAAUCCUGGCUCAGGCCCUCGUCCACAUCGAGCAAGGCAUCGAGAGGCGCUUCCUCAAAGCUCCACUGGGUGAGGACGACUCAAAGAAGGACCAGAAGGCGAAGAAGAGCAAGAAGAAAGAUGAGGAUCUGGCCAGUGACGAUGGCAGCGACAGUGGUCGGGUCAGUAAGACGGUCUUGGAGCGAUGGAGGGAGUCUCUGCAGUCCUGCUUAAGUCUGUCUCAGGUGUUUGUCCAUCUGUCCAGUCUGGAGCGAAGCGUCCUCUGGUCCCGUUCCGUCCUCAAUGCUCGCUGUCGCAUCUGCAGACGCAAAGGAGACGCCGACAACAUGCUGCUGUGUGACGGCUGUGACCGAGGACACCACACCCACUGUCUGAGGCCCCGCCUCAAGUCGGUUCCAGAAGGCGACUGGUUCUGUCCAGACUGUCGACCCAAACAGAGAUCCAGCCGCCUCCCGUCCCGCCAGCGCUCCUCUGUCGAUGAGGAGGAGGAUGAAGAACAGGAAGAGGAGGAUGAAGAACAGGAAGAGGAGGAGGAAGAGGAGGAGGAGGAGGAGGAAGAAGAGGAGGACGACGACGACGAUGAUGAUGACGAAGAGGAGGAGGAGGAGGAGGAGAGAGAAGUAGUAGUGAGCACCAAGAAGAGCCUGGCCCUGCCCUCUAAAGGCAAGAACCAGCAGGCCGCGCCCAGAGGUCAACAGGCCGCGCCCAGAGGUCAACAGGCCACGCCCAAAGGUCAACAGGCCACGCCCAAAGGUCAACAGGCCACGCCCAAAGGUCAACAGGCCACGCCCAGGAACAGCAUCACCUCAGCAGGGAAAAACUCAUCAGCCUCCAAGUCCUCAGGGAAAAAGGCCACACCCCCCACAGUGAAGGCCAACACGACGUCUGGAGGCAAAGCUCCGGCCCGAUCUGGGAGUCGGGUCAGCGCCCGUCUGAGCCACGAAAUCCUGCCACCGAACGGCAACACCAAAACCUCACCUGGUCAAAGCGAGCUCCGCAAGAGACCGCCAACAGACGUGACCCCUCCUAAACCCUCCAAAUCUGUCCUCCCCGCUUCAUCAUCAUCCUCCACGUCUUCGUCCAGCCGACGCUCCUCCGGCAGGAACCAGGGAGUCCACGAGCUGUCGGCCUGCGAGCAGCUGACUGUGGAGCUGGUCAGACAUGAAGACAGCUGGCCCUUCAUGAAGCUGGUCUCCAGGACUCAGGUCCCUGACUACUAUGACAUCAUCAAGAAGCCCAUCGCUCUCAGCACCAUCAGAGAGAAAGUGAACAACUGUGAAUAUCAGACAGCAGGGGAGUACAUCUCAGACGUGGACUUGAUGUUCUCUAACUGUCUUCAGUAUAAUCCUCGUCACACCAGCGAGGCGAAGGCCGGUCAGCGCCUGCAGCAGUUCUUCCACUCGGAGCUCGGCAGACUCGGCCUAUCAGAGCGCGGCUCCGCCCCGCCCGCCAAACGCUCCCGACACUGAACCAAAUGCGCCCCUCUGACCUCGCUGUCGUCCUCUCUGCUGAUCGGUCCGGGGGCGAGACGCGGUCUGAGCCGUUUUCCUGCUGACGGACGGUCAUGGCGUCGCUCUCUCGUGACCUCUGACCCCCUUGAGCCCGUCGGCCUGAACUGCAGUCGAGCCUUUGGUUAGCAGAUGCAGGUCAGAGGGCUGGCGGGGGUCAAAGGUCAUGAAGGACAGACAUGAAACUAAUCAUAUGAAGACUCUCAGAUCACUGAGCUCACCUGAGACACCAGCUGAUCAGCAGUGUCCUCGCUGAUCAGCUGAUCUGGAGCUUCUGUAGAAAAGUUGUGGAGUAGAUGUUUCCUCCUACCUGCUGACGUUCAGGGCAUUUCUUUCCUGUCUUUGUGGACAGACAGUGACAUGUAGCAGACGUUCCCGUGGUGCUGUAGGACAGUAGAGGACAGUAGAGGACAGUAGAGUCCCGGCAGUUUUCAUCUGAUGUUUCUUUUCAUCCAGAAAAGCAAAAACCACUGAAGAGACUCGAGCCGUGCACUGACAAUUCAAAAGAAUCCAAUCAGGCCGUUUGUGUUUGCUCAGGGACAAAAGUUCAGAUUUUAAUGAAAAAUGUUUGACGGUGCAGCUGGUUUCGACUGAAGCAGAGCGUUGCCAUGGCAACCGGGUCUCAGGCUGGAUAUCGACAUCAUGGAAGUCUGUGGCGGCCGAAACCAACCUUUGAAACUCAGUGUUGCACCAAAAGAACGACAGAAAUUAGAAUAGAAAGAAACGAGAAGUGGUGCAGCUCGCCGCAGAACGCUGCCUCCACGACAGCCGCUGACCGCUGACCGAGGAAAUUUCUCAAUUUGGUUUCAUCCGGCAGAAUUUUUCAAAAAACAUUCAAUGUGUCGUCAAUGACGACAGAAACGAAAAAAAAAAAGGAAUCCGCCGCAGACUUCCAUGAUCACAACCUGAUCAUCUCAAGAUAUCAAACUGUUAACGAGGUCAUCACCAAUCAUCAUCGACAGCCCCUCCCACAACGCAGGCCACGCCCCCUGCCCACGGGUUUCCUUUAGUUUAAAAAAUGAAUUUUAUCCACAGAAGCCUGAUCUCAAAACCAUCAUUAGUUUGAUUAAAUGUUGAUUUCCUUCAUCUAAUGAUGAUGAUGAUGACAAACAAAGCGUUAUUCUUUGUUUUAUCGAGCUCUGGACAGAAUCUGAUGAAAUGAAUAAAAAUGAUGCAGGAGGGAGGAAACGGAGCAUGUGGUGUCACGUUUAAUUCAGUCCUGAUCGCAAACAGUUUGUUACCUCGAGGAAGGUGAAACCUGCUUCGGUAGAAGAAGCCUGAAGGGAACAACAGUCGUUCUUAGCUGGGUCUGUGGUUAGCUUAGCUUAGCUUAGCAUAGAGACUGGAAGCAGGGGGAGACGGCUAGCCUCCUGCUCACUGAUUAACGUGUUGUACUUUUAUAGCAGCUGUGCUCUGAAGCCACAGACGUGAGACUGAUACGGCUGACAGGAAAAGCUGCCGCGGCCUCUGUGGAUCUGGACUUUUUGUUUGUUGACUACUGUUUUCCUUCUUUAGUUUUGUUCGACGCGUUCUCCCUGUUAGCCUGACUGCUGCAGCUCAGUCAGUGUGUGUGUUUGUGUGUGUUGGUGGUGGAGGUCAGCUGUAGACACUACACUGGAGCCGAGCAGCCUCCUCCGCCGCGUAUUUAUUUAGUUCAAGUCAGGAAGUCGUCUUUAUUUAUGAGCGAGACGCUUCGUCCUGUUUGUUGUUCUGAUGAAAAAUAAAUGACUUUUA